AUGACUUCCAGCUAUCCCACCAGCAUUCGCCCUUCUGCAACAGAGAUCAAGAACCGCCAGCUCACGCCUCAGAACCUGGAGAUUGCCAUUCGCAGUCUGUACCACGAUGGUCUUGUUGUGGUCGAAAAUGCAGUGCCUCAUGCCGCCCUCGAUCGGCUGAAUGAGAAGAUGGUGCGGGAUGCAUAUGCCCUGCAGAGCAGAAAGGAAAAUAGUCCAUAUAAUUACAACCGGGGCAAUAUACAGCAGGAUUCUCCUCCUGUGAAAGACUACUUCGAUCGGGACAUUUUUCUGAACCCAAUUGCCACGCAGAUAACAACCACUGCCCUAGGUCCUCGUCCAAAAUGGACCUUUUGCUCGGGAAAUACAGCCAUGCCUCCAACAGCAGACUGUCCCCCAACAUCGCAGCCGGUCCAUUCAGAUGCAGACUUUGAUCACCCAACGCACCCCUUUGCCUACGUCGUCAACAUUCCCCUGAUCGAGAUGACUCCGGAGAACGGAUCCACCGAGAUCUGGCUAGGGAGUCACAUCGACUCUGGCCUGCAUGUUCAAGAAGGAAGGCACGGUGAACGAGCAAGCGGACGCAUCAAGCUUGACGAGCUGGAAAAGCGACGAGCGAUCCGGCCACCGUGCCAACCCGUCGUCCCAAAGGGCGCGAUAGUACUCCGGGAUCUUCGACUCUGGCAUGCUGGGAUCGGUAACCAGACUGAUGAAGUCCGCGUGAUGCUUGCGAUGAUUCACUUUGCUCCCUGGUACCGGAAUCCGAUGCGACUGGAAUUUGCCGAGAGUGUACGAUCGAUUAUGGAGAAGCAGGACGGUCUCGAGGUGCCGGUUGACUGGGUGACUGAAGAAGACGCAAUGUCGCGCUAUCUGAACCCUAAUGCAACCGCCCCUCCGGCAACACCCCCGGCAAUUGCUGCUGUGUUUGUGGAAGAUGCUGUUGAGGAUGGUGAAGGUACUAUUGAACUAGUGGAUGAGGUUGUUAUCGAAGUUGACAAUGAUGCCGAGAGCGAUGUUGUUGUGCUUAUAGGCGAUGAUGUUGACGAUGCGGUUGAAGAUGAUAUUGUCGUUGAAGAGGAGACUAAGUGUCUGUCCCUCCGGCAAGACCUCGUCCAGCGAUGCGCAACCCACGUAUCCAUUCGAGUUGACCUCAAACCCCUUCGCGUCCUGAUCACAGCAGAAAAAGUCUACCGCAAAAUACAAAUCCCAGGUACUAUUCACACAACGCUUUUCCUUGGGCUCUGA